UCACGACUCCAGAAUUGUGCCCCACACCUUGUUGUUGUGCGGCUGAUAUCCACAGCUGUUUCAAGUCACGGCCAAGAUGGCGAGUUUCUUACUGCUCGUCGUCUUCCUUCUGUUCGGGAGCUUCUCUGCCCGCGCCCAGGCCGGGUACAGCCCGCCCGGGGCCCGUACGGCGACCGGCCGCUUGAAAACUAAAGUGGAUCGUCUGUCGUCUCUGGUGGAAACCUUACAGAGUCAACAGUCUGAUCUCACGGCCCGGGUGGACAGUCUUUCUGCCCAACUGUCGGAGGAGAGGGACAAGAACAGGGAACUGGCCCUAAACUUGACCCAAGCACUCCACAAGUUGGACAGCAUGACGUCUACCUUGUACGAGCAUGACUCGGUCAUCAAACAACGUCUGCAGGUAAGUGUCAGAAACUCGUGA